GAAAUUACCACACCUCUCUCUCUGAAGCAGCCCGCCUCCGUCUACCUGAGUCCUCAGUGCAGUUUGUAGGAAGAUACAACAAGACACACAGCAGCCUGAGGAGCAAUAAGCCAUGCGACCCUCCAUCUCUGUGACUCUUGAGCCCGGGUUGGAGCGAGGGGUCCCAUGGGGUCGUGACCUCUACACCUUUGUAACUUCAGCAGCAGGUCACAUGAUGAGGACUCUACAGAAACCCCGGAAGAACCGACCGUCCAAACGGCAGGUCAACCACCGUCGCUUCCUGCACAACAUGAUUCAGAGAAAGUUUGCAGACAUAGAAGCAGCAAACCACCGGCUAGCAUCUGCUCUUUAUUUUAAGGAGGAUAAAAACAUAUCCUCUCUGCCACCAGAGACACUUGACCAGUCAGGUAGCCCCUCCCAAGGUGCUUAUCUACAAGCUCCAGAUAAAUGCAGUGUUCACACAGAUGCAGAUGGCAUCUCUAAGUCUAGGAGUGACGUCCCCAUUGGCUCACAUGAAACUGAAAUCAGUGCAAAGAAGCAGCCAGACUCGAGACAUCUUUGGAAACGACACCUCAAAUCACAGACUGCCACCUGCACCACUAGGAAGAACAACCAGAGCAAAGGGAGACAGAAAAAAGAGAGUAGAAAUCACAAACUGGUUGAAUUCACAUCCAUGAGCUCCCCAAAGGGUAGAGACUAUUACCACGGGGCAGAGUUCUUUCAUACUGAGUAUUACGACAAUGAAAGUCCACUGAAGUCAGCCAACAAUCUCUCAGAAGAUUCUCAAACAACUCAACAGGACUCUGCCCUCAUCCAGUUCAGCCAAAACGUGGAUGUCUCUCCUUCCUUCUCUCCAGAGCUCUCUCCAUUGUCUCUUAAUUCUUGCGACUUCUCGAUCCACAUGUUCACAGACAUCUCAACCUGCACACAGGCCCAGAAGAACAUCACUGACUUUUCAGAGAGUCAGUGGACAGAUAUUAUGGAUCUUUUCAGUGUUGGCAAUAAGGACUUAGGAGGCUGCAUGGACGUAGAGGCUUAUUUUGACAGUAUCUGUGCAUGCCAAGAUGAUGCUGGGCAGGAAGUCGGUGCUGAUGACGUUGGAUUUGCAGAUCAGUCAGAUAACAGACCUGAGGUGGAGGGUCUACACUGUGAGACAGGUGAGUACAGGUAUGAAUAUGGAUACAGUUGUCAUAGAGAUCAGGAAUUGACCCUAAACCACUUCCAGAGUGAUCAGAGGAGCUCACAGGCGCUGAGACAAAAUGAAGACACUGCAGAGACACAGUUUAACAAUUUUAAGCCAUCCCAAGGCACAGACAUCAUCCCGAACCAGCUCCCCACAUCGAUCAGCUACCACUACAACGCCUCAGAGCUGCAGACGUACCAGCACCCCGAGGAAGAGAGUCCCUGUAUGCUGGUAAAUUGUGAAAAUAUCCUAAACUUUAUACCAUUUGAGGGUGUUGCUCAAUCAUUCUCUGUCCCGCUUCAUAAUCCUGAGCACCGUCCCAUAGCAACACCGCCGCACGAGGAUGACUGGCUGUUCACUGAUAUCUUAAAGGACAGGAAGUCACCUGACUGUUAGGAAAAUGUGUCUCAUGUUUUUAUUGAGGUUUGUUACUUAGUGAACGUAUGUGAAAAGCUCUAACAGUGAUGCAUGGAUUCUGCUGUAAAUGUUGAGGGGGGAGUGGAAAGGGUAUGCACCAUCUUUAAAGAAAUGCAAGAACUAACCAUUCUUUUAUUCAAAUCAUUACACAAGAAUUUUAUUGUCAUUUAUACUUUUACUGCAAAUUUUAUCUGGAGGUAUGACAUGUCUUUUGGAUUUUGCCCUUAAUUUGAAUGUUUGAAUGUCUUGAUUUAAAAAAAUUCUGGUUAAAUCUCAAGCAAUUUGUUAUUUGUACUCUGAAAUUUGGAAAAGGAAUCAAGCAGCUGGGACAACAUACUGUAUAUGUGUAUACCUUUCUCUUAUAUGCCACAAAGCUAACUGAUUCUUUAAGUCCUUCUGGCAGUUUCUUUCAUUCAUCAGAGACUUGAUGAAUUUUUUUUUCAUGUUUCUCUGUUUCACUUUACACCCAAAUCUUUCUUUAAAGGGCGUAUUAAUUGGCAAGCUUUCAGACUCCUAGCUCUUAGUGCUUACGUAAAGGGAGGUGCACUGGAAAGAUAUGCUUACAUAAUUAUACUAAAAACAUGUGAAAGCACCAGUUGCAAGAUGAGUAAAAAUUACGUCUGUUACAAGUGUCUAGUCAAUUUCCAGUAAAAUGACAUGUCAACCAUAUUCUAUUAACUAAUAAUUAUUUCUUAGUGAUAUUUUUAAUGACCGUGUUCUGUAUUGUGUGUAUAGUAGCAGCACUCUUAAUGUCUUCACUUGUCUUAUUGUGUUUUUAUUGUUUUUAUGCUACAAAAAUUAUUUCCACCUGUGGAGAAAAAAAAAAGAUCUGAACAGAACUGAUAGUAUUUACAAUCAAUUAAAAUUACUUUGCUUGAGAUUAAACUACAAAUUUCUUUUUUCAGUUCAAACACAUUUGACUGGCAGUAAAUAAUAAUAUACUUUCUCAUAUACAGUACACACUCAACCUAAAUUUUAUUUGCUCCCUUUUUGGAUCAAAUCUUUUAUAUGUAUAUAUGUUUAAGCUUUUAACUGUGACUUGAGCUGAGUCUCUAUCUGUGUAUUGAUUAGUGGUGUUAUUGCUUAAGUAUGAAAUGUUAAUGUUUAAAUAAACAACAAGAAAUGCUGUUAUAUUGCUAAUAGCUCCUGUUUUAUAGUGUGUGUGUAUAAAUAUCAGUGACUAAGUUACUUAAGUAGAAAUGGCAAUACUGCAAUAUAAAAAUACUCCAUUAAAAGUGAAAGUCCUACAAUAAAAAUGUCACUUAGGUAAAAGUAUCAUAAUGCAGAAUAAAAUAUCCCUGUCCGUGUUAUACUAUUACAGUAUAUUAUUGGAUUAUUAUUACUGAUGCAUUAACGUGUAAGUAGCACUACUUUUUUAUACUGUUUUGUAGUUGAAUCUACAAAAAUUAAUCAUAUUUUUUAACUGAUGCUAAAGCUGUCGUGCAGUACAAAGUACAAUAUUUCUCUCUGAAAUGUAGUGGAAUAGAAGU